AUGACGCAUAAAAAGAAUAGUUAUGUUAAAGCUUGUCCACGCAAGAAAAUUGAAGAGUCAAACCAUUGGAAGUCACCGAUGGUUCCUAAAAACCAUUAUAAGUUGGAGCAAAUGAAGAUGGAAGAUUGUGUUAACUUUUACACAAACCGUUAUACAACAAUAGUUUACAAUAAAGAUUGCAAGCUUGAGAAAUAUCCUCUAAAGCCGAGACUAAAACAGGGACACUGGACUACUGAGGAGGAUAAAAUACUCUUGGACAUAGUAGACAGACUUGGCCCACAUAACUGGGAAAAGAACUCUAUUUACCAUCCUACUCGGAACGGCAAGCAGAUGAGAGAACGAUGGCUAUCUCACUUACAAGGAGUCAACAAAGACCCAUUCACGGAAGAAGAGGUUGCCAUUAUUUAUUAUAUGCAAGACAUAGAAGGAUAUGAAGAGUUAUAUCAUAAAAUAGGCACGAAGAAAGAGCCGUCAGCUAAGGAAAAGAAAUGCAGUUCGGAUCAAGGGCAGAAAUAUCUUCUAAAGCCGAAAGCAAAACGGGGACAUUGGACUGCCGUGGAGGAUACACCUCUCUUAGAAAGAUUUGGCCCACAUAACUGGAUCUGGGAAUGGAACUCUAUUUACGGGAACGGCAAGCAAAUGCUCAAAAAUGGAUGCACGCCAAACUCUCGUAAAAACGUUUACCACAAUGUUGUGGCCAAGAGUCUUCCAAACCCUGCUAGCAGACAUUUCGAAUGGUACAGACAUAGGAACUAA